AGGACCUCGUCGCUCAUGAAGGCCGCGUCGGUGGAAAAGUUUCUACUCCACAACAACGUCGAGGAGGAAUCUUACCUGUGGGUCUGCGUCAAGACACUGCAAGAGUCGGAUGUCUUCGUAAGCUCCAUAGGUGUGUGGGGGUAGAUGGUUGUGUGUUUUGGGAUAGUUGGUUGUGUGGUGUAUAGAUAGUUCUGUGGGGGUAGAUGGUUGUGUGUUUUGGGAUAGUUGGUUGUGUGGUGUAUAGAUGGUUGUGUGGGGAUAGAUGGUUGUGUGUUUUGGGAUAGUUGGUUGUGUGGUGUAUAGAUGGUUGUGUGGGGAUAGAUGGUUGUUUGUUUUGGGAUAGUUGGUUGUGUGGUGUAUAGAUGGUUGUGUGGGGGUAGAUGGUUGUGUGUUUUGGGAUAGUUGGUUGUGUGGUGUAUAGAUAGUUCUGUGGGGGUAGAUGGUUCUGUGUUUUGGGAUAGUUGGUUGUGUGGUCUAUAGAUAGUUGUGUGGGGAUAGAUGGUUGUGUGUGAGGGGGGGGGGGUUGGGGAUGUGUGCAAAGUCAUGAGAGAAAUAGCGCUUAAUGGGUCACUAUGAUUUACGGGAGCAGAAGGCUCUUCCAGAUAAGCGGGGACACUCACGUAGAUACAGGAUUUAAAGGGAGUGGAGGGCUCUGUCAGGUAAUAAAUAGAAUAGAACUCACGUAGAUAUUUCAAGUUUUUUUAUGAGGUAACUUUAAUGGAGAUUGUGUCUUUUCGUCUCGAUUUUUUUUCCCAAUUAACCAGGCGCUAUGGUUUGUGUUCGGUGAGACAUAUUUAGCUUGUCUUGUAUUUAUGUUAUUAUAAACGGCACUUACGGAUAUCUUGGGGGUGGGGGGUGGAGGGGGGAUUUUCUACUUAUACUGUGUACGAGAUUAACAGACCUUACUAUAGCCACUUGGGACAACAAAUACAAAUGCAUUUUUACAUUGGGACUCAAUAUAUGGGGGUGCUGCUCUACAUAAAUAUGUUUCUAAGACACGAUCUGUUUCAAAUGGACGGAGCGUCUAAGAUGUUGUUCCACGUAGCUUGUGUAAUUGAUGCACAAUCUAUUUCAUCGCUCAGGGUCUGGAGGAUCUGGAUCUUGGUGACCCUCGAGACGAGACAGAGAGCAACAUGGCGCUGGUAGGUUUCAGAGAGUAACGUGGCGCUGGUAGGUUUCAGAGAGUAACGUGGCACUGGUAGGUUUCAGAGAGUAACGUGGCACUGGUAGGUUUCAGAGAGUAACGUGGCAUUGGUAGGUUUCAGAGAGUAACGUGGCACUGGUAGGUUUCAGAGAGUAACGUGGCAUUGGUAGGUUUCAGAGAGUAACGUGGCACUGGUAGUUUUCAGAGAGUAACGUGGCAUUGGUAGGUUUAGAAGGACAGAAGGAUAUCAAUAGAAAGAAUACGGGAGGCACAAAUAGAGCCUAGCAUACAGUCGCAUAGGCAUUUAAAAGAUAUAGUCAUCAACUAAGUAAAUGCUUUAAAGAAAAAACAAAACAAAAAAACUAUGAACCUGGUGAAUAGAGCUGAAAGGUAAUCAACAGUUACAUGUCUCAGACUUCUUCACUUUCAUCGACUUGAAUUGUUUUUAGGAACAGUUAUUCCUGUUCUCUUAGUCUUUGACUCCGGAUAAUUAUUACACAUGCCUCCAACUUCUGCUCUAAAGCAUGGGUGGCCAACUCGUGUGGCUUCACGGGCGCCCGUUGAUCCCGAGUCAGCUGUUCGCGGGUCGCAUGUCAUUAAACCCAAGAGAGAAAUGCAUACCAAAUCAACGAAGAACGCAUAUCUUUAUGUAUUUAUUCUUAAGUCACAUAAUUAUAAGUUGAUAACUCAACCACCACUGCUGCUAAACAGAUAAAUAAUUUGUAUACAUUUAAAUCGCUAAAUAAUUGUUUUUUUUUUUAAAAAUCUAUUAAAUAGUGUCCUUGUUGUCGAUUUUAAAAAAAAGUAAUUGCUUCUUUGAACGACGACGGAGGAGUAGGGGAGCGGAAAUCGAGAACGCAGACUAAAGUCUGCUGGGGGAAUUGGGGUGGGGGGGGGAGGUGGGUGCUAAUCCCCCUUUACCAGAAAUGUUUUUGAUAAUUUAAAAAUGCAGGUAUGCAUUUUGGCACAUACCAAAAUUUUGUUUAGAAUAGCUCUACCGGAGAUCAAGAGAAGAAAUUGAAAUUGAGUUUUCCUUCACGUGGCGUUGUUGAUAUGAACUCGUUCCAUUUAGUAAUAACUUGGUAACAAUUUUUAAUAACUUUGUAUAAAGAGGUGAGAUUGAUCAUUUGAAUCAUAUUUUUCAAAAAAAAUAAUAAUAUCAUCCCAAAUGAAAUGGAUCAUACGCAGUGGCGUAGCUAAGGGCGUUGUAGAGGUGGGGGGGCGGGGGUUAGGAUGCGGACGGCACCAGGUGACACCAAGCCUAGCUACGCCACUGCUCAUACACUCAACAACAACAACAACAACAUUUACUUGAUUUAUAUGUUGAGUGUGCGCUUAGCCAAGAGUGGAAAUCAUCGCUAAAUGAACGAAGAAAACAAAACAUCCUUUAUGUCACAGCCGGCGGGCCACACAAUCCUUUAUGUCACAGCCGGCGGGCCACACAAUCCUUUAUGUCACAGCCGGCGGGCCACACAAUCCUUUAUGUGACAGCCGGCGGGCCACACAUUGUAACGAGGCGGGCCGUAUGUUGUCAGCCUCGGUAAAUCAUUUGAGCCCACCUGGCCCUGUUUUUUUUUUUUUUUACAAUCUAUUUUUGAAACAGGUCAGCGACGGUGCGGAGGUCAUCCUCAUUUCCAAAAAGUUCUUUAUGGAAAACGCCGGGCCCAACUUGUUGGCGGACCUCCGGGCGAGCAGCUACAUCAUGCCGGACCUCAAGACUCUGACCCUGGACCUGCAGAAACGGGAGUUCUGGGCAAAGUGGGUAGUUUCAUCGCAGUUUUAACGCGGACAAUCUGUGUGUGUGUGGGAUUAUUGUGCAUCUGUUUUAAACACUGACGACACGUGUAUUGUGUUUAAUAUAUAUGUGUUUAAACUCGGACAGAUUAUUAAUUUUUAAAAUGCAUGUGUUUAAUACGGACAUGAGUGUUGUUUUAUUAUGUAUGUGUUUAAACACGGGCAUAUGUGUUUUUUUUUCAAAAUUAUGUAUGUAUGCAUGUAAAAUGACGCGUUGAUGAUCUAGACGCAACCACAAGAGAGUUGAUUUUGUGUUGUCUUUUUGAGUGUGAGUAACUAAGCCCUGACACGUAUGUGUUUCGUUGCAUCAGAGUAGAGUUUAAACACGCGCGUACUGAUCUCAAUGGGCUUAAGCGCGGUCCCAAGCGUGUCCUUGGUAUGUUAGAGUUUUUAAAAAAAUGGACCCAGACACACUAUGCAUCAUUGAGACGUCAAUGUCUGCUCAAAUUUGAUGUUGUCACAGGUACCAGGAGAAGGUGGUCGAUGCCUCGUUCAGAGAAAUGCAUGUGACAAGGAAAGUGAAGAAGCAUCGAUGACGACAAGGGGACGUCGCCACGCCGAAGAUGAAGCAGG